CGGAGCUGGGCCUCUCUCCUUGCGCCUUGCCCUGUGCACUGAGCCCCGUGCUCCGCCGGCUAGCGCUCGUCCUGCCUCUGGUCCGAGCAGCCCGGUGCGGCUCAGCCCCGCGCGGUGCAGCCAUGUCCAAUAGGCGCGUGUCCCGCUGGUACUUUGGGGGGCUGGCCUCCUCCGGGGCCGCGUGCUGCACCCACCCGCUGGACCUGCUCAAGGUCCAUCUACAGACACAGCAGAAGAUAGAGAUGAAGAUGACGGGCAUGGCAUUAAAGGUGGUGCGGACCGAUGGCUUCCUGGCCCUGUACAAUGGCAUCAGCGCCUCCAUCUGUCGGCAGAUGACCUAUUCCCUUACCCGAUUUGCCAUCUACGAGUCAUUUCGAGACCGACUGACUGCAGGGACAGGGCCAAUCCCUUUCUAUAAGAAAGUGUUGUUGGGAUGUCUUGGAGGUUUUGCUGGUGGUUUUGUGGGGACUCCUGCAGAUAUGGUGAACGUCAGGAUGCAGAAUGACAUGAAGUUACCUGUGCACCAAAGGCGGAACUACUCCCACGCUGUAGAUGGCAUUAUACGUGUAGCCCGUGAAGAAGGCAUAAAGAAAUUGUUUUCUGGAGCUACGAUGGCAUCAUCCCGAGGGGCUCUUGUCACCGUGGGGCAGCUAUCUUGCUAUGACCAAGUCAAGCAGCUGGUCCUCAGCACAGAAAUGAUCUCGGACAACAUCUUUGCCCACUUCCUGUCCAGUUUCAUUGCUGGUGGGUGUGCCACCUUUCUGUGCCAACCGCUAGAUGUACUUAAGACUCGUCUGAUGAACUCCAAGGGGGAAUAUAAGGGUGUCAUUCACUGUGCUUUGGAGACAGCAAAACUUGGACCACUGGCCUUUUACAAGGGCUUUUUACCUGCUGGAAUCCGGCUAGUUCCCCAUACCGUCCUCACCUUCAUCUUUUUGGAACAACUCCGAUUAUACUUUGGAGUGGAUGCUUGAGCUGGGCUUGUUUUGGUGGGAGCCAUGCAGGUGCUACAAGGCUCCCAGUCUACCCAGGAUUCUUCCAAAGAGACCCGGGGAGGGAGCACGAAAGCAUCCUCUCAGGGGCCAGUACUUUCCACAUUCCUGUCUUGUUUCCCCUUCUGCGUCACCUAUGCCCACUUCUUUGGCUCAUAAGCGUGGUUGUCCCAAAGGUGUCAUAUCCUCACCACCUUCCCCCCUACUCCUACACCCCCCCCCCAGUCUUAGGGAUCAAAAUGUUUUUCUUCUGUCCCGACAGAAGCGUCUUAAUUCUACCAGUCACUUUUACCCCGUCUGUGUAGCUCAUUUGCCUUAACUGUCCCCUUGGCCCCUCUUCUGGGCCCUCAGGAUGUUCUCUGUAACUUAACCUUGGCCUCACGGAAGGGGAGGAUGCAAUACAUUACGUAGCCAAUCUGAAAAAAACCUUGAAAGUGGCCCCUUCCUCCCACUACUUAUCCCUCUCUCCCUAUCUCACCCUAGACUUCCCUUUGCUUUUCAACAAGUGGGGAAAAUAAAUGUUUACAGGAACUCUCCUCUCCUCCAAUCCCCGCCCCCUUCCUAGGGAGUGUGAAUUACAUGGUGGUGGCCCUCCAGCCUAAGGAUUGGGUGGAGAUGUUUUUCUAAAGCCUUCUUCACUCUGAGCAGUUAUUGAGUGCAAAAGAUUUUGUAAAGGAAAAUUAACUACUGUGAUCAACACUGAAUGGAUGGUAACUUUCCAUACCAUUUCAGUAGCCACAGAGAGACUGAGGGGUAAGAUGUACCUUCAGUCUGUCAAAUCAUAAUGGAAUAUGGAGCAUCCAGAUUUGGCUUCCUACCCAGGGUCAACAUAAAUUUACUUUUCUUCUUACCUUAUUCUCAUUUUGGGUUGUGUUAACUGGAGAAUUGAGCACUUGUGAGCCGCAUUCUUUUCCUCCGUCUUUUGAUUGUGAAAGAAGAAAAAAAGAGGAACAGGUAUGGUUCUCCAUGAGUCCUGGGAAGAAAAAGACUAUAGCUUCUUUCCUCCCCCUCUCAUCCUCAUGGCAACAUUUCUCCCCCUCUCAUUGUUUCUAUCAUUAGGUCCAUCAUGUCUUUGCCAUACAUAUCAAAGGGGCUAGCUAAAACGUCUCCCAUUCUGUAGCAUUCUUUCACACCACUACAGCUUCCCAUCCCUUUCUCCCAAGUCACACCUCCAGUAGCCCCCAUCACCAGCUCCUGCUCAGUGAUUGCUUUAAAGAUCAAAUUUUAGCCAAAACUCAGGCACCAAAUAACUGCUGCUGUCUUCAGGGAUUUCUCCUCUAUGCCUUCUGCUUUCUCUUCUCCUCUCCCAAGCCUCUUACCUCCUUACUUUUUGGUACCACAUUUCACCACAGCUACUGAGUGACUUGUGUCAGACAAAGGUCAGGAGGCCUGGGAAUAGCAGGAAACAGAUGUAUAUUUUGACUUUUUAAUUUUCUCAUCCCUCAAUUCCCUACCUCCCUAAUAUUUCAUGUUGCUUGUGUAGAAAGAAGUUGGACCAGUCUAGUUGGCUGAUAUCCAGCCACAAUAUCAUGGCACCUAUUUGGAUGUAUCUUUAUACCCCCACCUUGGGCUCAUAAUUUUUCUAGCUGACAUUUAUGUUCCUUUCUACCUGUUGUCAAAUCCUGUCUUGUGGCCCUUAGCAAGGUUACUGUGUCCUCAUAUGUACUGUGAAAAUUUAGAGAGAGGCAGAAUUGCAUAGUAGAUAGAGCCCUGGACUUAAGAGUUGAGAAGACCUGGAUUUAAAUCCUGCCACUCACACUAGUUUUUUGACCCUGGUCAAGUCACUCAACUUGUUUGAGCCUCGAUUUCCUCAUCUUAAAAUGAGUGUCAUCAUAAAUAAUAAAGUAACAUGAUAAAAAUAAGUCUAAGGAUAGCACCUACUUCAUAGGGCUAUGGUGAGGAUCACACUAGGUAAUCUAUGUUAUUAUACACUAUUGAGAUAUAAGCUGCUAUUAUUAUUGCUACUUACCUAUGUAUGGUAGGAAUUGUGGAUCAGUCAGAUAGCUUAUUAAUGAUUCAGAGUAAUUUCAAUAAACGAAUGGGAAAAGCUUUCCCCUCUCUAAGUCAGUGGAAUAAGUUUUUAGUGAGUUCAUCCCUCUGCAAACCUGCACCAACCAUGUCUUGAGUUUUAGAGAGUAUUCAAAGAAGACAUUGCUACUAGCUCACAGUGUAUGUGGAGGAAGCAACUGGAGAAUGAUUCUGGGACUGUGGAGGAGAGCCUGGACCAUAAAUAUGCCAGGAACAGGUCUUUACUGAGGGCUGCCAUGUGCUAAAGUAGAACUGUGACCAAAUGGGGCAUUGUCACAGUCUUCUGGAUAUGAGGUACCAUGCUGGUAUGCAGUAGGGAACAGUGUUGGUGGAAUUGGGGGAUCCUUGUAGCAGUCGCAUAGAAAAUUGGAUUAGUUAACAUCUCAGAGAUUCUGAAGAUUUAAUGAGAUAACCUCGACUGCUGUGAGCUCCAUUGCCAUCCCACCACAAGCUCUCCCUGCCCUCAAGGAAAAUGGAGUCAGGCUCUCUAUUCUGGUUCUUCCCUGAGUUCGUUCCCUGCUUCAUGGGUUAGAUGGUCUCUAUGUGGUAUAUAGGUACUUCUGGGCUUAGUGCCAUGGGUUCUUGGUCCUGAGCCCCCUGGCUCGUCUUUAGAGGAGUCCAGAGCUAAGGAGCUCACUUGAGGAGCCCAAGAAAGGUAAUUAGCAGGAGUGCAGAGAUUUCCCUUACCCUUCCCUGUUAUGGUACAAGAGGGAGUGGGAGGGCCAUUCCACUGAGCCGAGUGCCCAAUUUGGUUUACUUGACACAGUAAUGAUUUGGGUGACAGAGCUAACAGAAAAGUUUGUGUCUGCAUGUAAAUUUUCAUUACUCUGUCUUCGUAAUGGCACAGUUGACUGCUGAACUAGCUCUUUCUGGCCUAGAGUUUUGUCCCCUUCUUACCCAGAAAGUAGCUUUGGAAAAGGAUUGUAUUUAUCUAAAUCAGAUUUAUGGAUGAAUACAGGACUGUCACCCUCCCCCCCCCAAAAAAAAAUAAACAAGGACUAGGAGUAGUCUUCCAGGGGAAUUGUUGAAAAUAACAAAAUCAUAGAAUUUUAGGGCUGGAAUAAUGUAGCUUGUAUUCAUACAACGUAGAACGAUAACAAAGCAUUUCUCUCAGUAUCAUGGAUUAGGUAGUACCGAGAGUAAAUAGAUCACCAUUUUCUAGAUGAGGAAACAAACCAAGUUGAAGUGACUUGCCAAAUAUAAUACAAUAUAGCAAUUGAGGAUUAGGAUUUGAACUGGUUCUCUUAAACCAAGACCCCCUCUUCCCAAAAUACCACAAUACCUCAUGGAAGGGACCUUAAAGCUUAUCUAGUCCAAUUUCUCAUUUGUUUCUUGGUUGGCGUUUUCAGGUCUUUUUUUUUUUUUGGUUGAUCAAUUUUGUUUCAAUUUCUGCCAACAUGAGCAUUCAAAUAUAUUUAAAAAAUGAGAGAUUAAAAACAAAUAGAAACUACUGAACAAAACAGUGCAAAAAAAGGAUUGCAAAUGAUUGCACAUGUAAUGAUAUUCAAUGUUAAUUACCAAUUGUUAAAAGAAACUAUUAAUCUUAACAAGGUUGUAUCAAUAUUGUCUUUUGUAUUUAACAUGAAUUUUGUUGCUGUUGUCAUCUUUAAUUACAUAUUUGUAAUCAGUG